AUGGGAAAUAUGCUCACUGCCAUCAUUUCCUUUUUCCCUUCUGAGAGCUGCCAGAAAUUCAUCUUAGGGGACCUUGAAGAGAUGCCAAUUGAUAAAAUGGUGGAUCUGAGCAGCAGGCAAGUGAGACGGUUUCCUUUGUGUGUUUGUUCUUUCCGAGAGCUGGUCAAGCUGUACCUGAGCGACAACAAACUGAGCCAUCUGCCUCCUGAGCUGGAACAGCUACAGAAACUCCAGAUCCUGGCACUGGAUUUCAACAAUUUUCAUACGCUGCCUUCAGUGGUCUGCACCUUGAAAGAACUAAAUAUCCUUUAUCUGGGCAACAACAAAUUGGGAGAUUUACCGGCAGAGCUGUGCCAGCUGAAAAACCUCAAGACCCUAUGGAUUGAAUCUAAUCGCCUGUACCAUUUCCCCAGCGUGGUUUGUGAGUUGAGGUACCUCAAGACCCUGCAUGUUGGAUCCAACGCUCUGCGUUCCCUGCCUGGGCAGCUUCGGUACCUGAAGGAGCUGCGCACCAUUUGGCUUUCAGGCAACCAACUGGCCAGUUUCCCCCCUGUGCUCCUCCACAUGCCCUUUCUGGAAGUGAUUGAUGUGGAUUGCAAUGGCAUCCAAGAUUUCCCUAACCUCACGCACCUCAGCAGCUUGAAGCUGGUGAUCUAUGACCACAACCCCUGUAGAAAUGCCCCCAAAGUGGCAAAGGGGGUUAAUCGGGUCGGGAGGUGGUCCGAGGAAAGUCCUGAGCCAAGGAAGCGAUCUGGUCUGGAAAGGGACAGAGGGUCUGAGGAUAUUGAUUCCCUUCUCCCUCCUCCUCCUCAAUCUCUCAGACGGUCCAAGUAA